AUUAAUGCAUUCUUGGUUGCUGUUACAGACCCAGAGCUGUCGCUUCCGAGUCCUACCAAGCCUCUUCGCUUAAAAACGGCUGAGUACUUAAGUUAUAAUGCUACUUUGAGUCAAAGAAUCCAUUAGUUGAGCGCCGGCGUGGAUUCGCGCUAGCACAAAUGCAAAACCAUAAUGCGGCACUCGGGGACACGGGCACGCUGGGCAAGCUGCCGGACAGUAUUGUCAUCAACAUCAUAGAAAGGCUCAAGGUUCAUCAGCGUGUGCCGCUGCGGAACAGCUGCAGGCGUCUCCGGCAACUCGUCAAUGCGUCCGUCACGAAAAUCAAGCUCGACCCCACGCACAGCGAGGAUGCGCUGCGCUGGGAGCUCAGCGAUCGCUUUCCGAAGCUGGAGCACAUUGAGAUCAUGAAGCCCAGCGAGGUAGACUGCUUCACGGACCAGACCUUUGCGCAGCUGGCGCUCAAGGACCUGUCCCGCCUGACCGGCCUGACCAGCCUCAACCUGGAGCACUGCACGCAGCUCAGUGUGGCGGGGCUGGCGGCGCUGGCGCUGGCCUGCCCGCGCAUAAGCAAGCUGCAGAUCCCGCAAGUGUGCCAGCUGUGCAUGAGCGACUCCAUGCUGCUGGUGCUGGCGCGGCUGCCCGACCUCAGCCGCCUGCGGGUGCAGUGCUGCAGGCACUGCAACGAGGUGGCGCUGGCCUACCUGUCCGACCUGCGGCGGCUGACCGCCCUGGAGCUGGAGGACUACGGCCAGGCGCUGAGGCAGAUGACGUUGCUGACCAGCCUGACCAGCCUGCGGUCAGUCAUGGUGUGGAGCGAUUUCAUCAUCGAAGUCACGGACGCGGGAGGAGGCGGUGGAGGAGGCGGAGGAGGAGGCGGAGGCGCCGGAGGAGGAGCGGGGGCCGGUGGAGGGGGAGGCUGGGGGCAUCACGGGGGCGGCGGCGGCGGGGGCGGCGGUGGACACCACUUCGUGCACCAUCCCAUGCAGAACGCGCCCAAUGGGGCGGCGGGAGCAGCCGCGGAGGCGGGCCUAGCGGGUAUAGCGGGCCUGGCGGCAGCGGGCGUGAACCCCAUAAUGGCGGCAGCGGACCUGGCUGCGGCGGCCGUCGCCAACCUCAACCUCCACGGCGACAAUAACGACGACAACCAGGCGGCUGGCGGCGGCGGUGGCGGUGGCGGUGGGGGUGGGGGAGCGGGGGCAGCAGGGGGAGGAGGAGGCGCCGGUGCCGGCCUGGCGGCGGCGGUGGCGCUACACGGCCCUGGCGGCGGCGGCGGCGGCGCGGCGGACCCGGCGGCGUUUGCGCACCAGCUGCAGCUGACGCAGCAGGUGCUGAGCAACAUAUUCGCGGGCAAGGCCGCGCUGUUGGACUGGGUGACGGGCAUGACCUCGCUCACGCACAUCGACAUCCAGAGAGUGGACAUCAGUUUCCCCGAGCUGCAGCGCUUCACCGCGCUGCCCGCGCUGCAGCACCUGGGCGUGGGCGACCUGGCCCUGGAGCCGCCGCCGGGCACCGGGGCCGGGGGAGGCGGCGGGCGAGGCGGCGGAGGAUCGGGGGAGGGCAGCCGGCACGGCGGCAGCAACCUGCUGAACCCGGCCCGGCCGCUGUCCUGUGUGACCAAGCUCGUGUCGCACAACAUCCUGUACGAGGCCUCGCUGCGCACCACCUUCCCCUCGCUGGGGGCGCUGUCCUGCGACUCCAGCGACGCGGGGCUGAGGGCCAUCGCCGAGCUGACCGGCCUGGUGAACCUGUUCCUGUGGACCAGCCCCACCGACGCCAUCACCGACUGCGGGCUUACGGCGCUGUCGCGGCUGCGGCGGCUGGAGACGUUCCGGCUGGAGGGCGCGGCGGCGGUCACGGACAUGGGCUGGCUGCAGUUCGCGCGCGGGCACAGCGCCCUCACGCGCGUCGACCUGGUCAAGGUGCCGGGCGUCACAGACAUCGGCUUCAUCCUGUCUCUGCGGCAGCUGCCCGGCCUGCAGCGCGCCUCCUUCAUGGAGUGCCCCGGCAUAGACACGCCCACGCUGGCGGCGCUGCUGGCCUUCUGCCCCGCGCUCGAGUACAUCGAGCUGCAGGACUGCCCUGCCAUCUCGCUGGCGGCCCUGCGCAAGAUGCUAGCGGCCACGGCGCCCUCCCGGCCCGACCUGGACAUCGUGUUCAGGAAGGGCGGGGCGACGCGGGUGCUGCACGGGAGCGGGUGACGCGGCGGAGGCGGAGGCCGGCUGUGGGCUCGCGGCGGCGGUCUGCGCCAGGGCUGGGGCUAUAGGGCUAGGGCUGGUUGAAGGGGUGCACCUGGCACGCUAAGGUGAAUGGGAAGGGACAGGGAGCUGGAUGGGCACAAACGUCUGGCGAAGCCUUGCGUCUCGGUAUCGUGCGCCUUGGCAGGGGGCACCAGGAGUGGUGAGAGGUCGUUGGUGUGGCUGUGUGCGCACCCGGGUUGCAGUGGUCUGGCCGGCCCCGGGGCUCUGCUUGCGCCCGGCCGCGGCAAGACCUGCUCCUGGUGCAGGCGGUUCACCUAUUGCUGCAGCGCGCGUCAGCUGGCACACUGGCGGGAGGGGCACGGCGUGGCACGUGCGGGGUUGGUGGCAGCGGCUGCGUCGGGCGCGCAGGUCAUGUGUGGGCAGGCAGAGCUACCCCGUGCAUGCUACGGUACAGCUGAACUUUGCGAAGUGUGCGAUUGAAGCAUUGCGACGUGAAGCGGCUGAAGAGGAAGUGCCGCUCGCGAGGGUAGCGAUACAUUCAAGGUGCGUGCGGCGCGCUGCAAGGUGUAUGCCAUGGAAGCAAUGGCUUGCCAUGGCGGACGGCACUAGCGCUGCACGGUUGACCGGCGAGGACACGAGGGUGCUCGUGGCAUGGUUGUGGGCCACAUGCAGUGCUGCGGGCACUUAGGGACUUGGAGUUGCAGUCCCGUGCAAAUACAGGUGGGCCCCGCGAAUGGCAGCUCCACUUGUGCUGCCGCAGCAUCCGCGCUGUCGGCAAGCCACGCCAGCGGGACGUGUAGCGGUGUA